UGUCAUUGAAGAAUGUAACAUUACGUCAGCAGGCAGGGUAAAGGGGAGACAAGUAUGGCGGCUGUGCUGAGGGGGACUCGGUACAUGCUCGGUAGUCGGUGCAAGAAUGUUGACUUUGCGAUUGCCUCCAAGAGGUCUAUGGCCUCCAAGACACAGGUGGGCUUUAUUGGCCUUGGCAAUAUGGGAAACCCAAUGGCCAAGAAUUUGCUGAAGCACGGCUACCCAGUCAUUGCCACCGAUGUCUUCCCCGAGUCCUGCAAGGAAGUUCAAGAUCUGGGUGCCCAGAUUGUUGAUAAUCCUGCAGAGGUAGCAGAUAAGGCUGACCGCAUUAUCACAAUGCUUCCCUCAAAUCCCAAUGUAAUUGAGGUGUAUACUGGAUCCAAUGGUAUUCUCAAGAAUGUGAAAAAGGGCUCCCUGCUCAUUGACUCUAGUACAAUUGAUCCAGCCGUUUCAAAAGAGAUGGCUGCAGCUGCUGAGAAGAUGGGAGCAGUUUUUAUGGACGCACCUGUGUCAGGAGGUGUGGGUGCUGCCAAUUCGGGAAAAUUGACUUUUAUGGUGGGAGGAGCCGAGGAAGAAUUUACUGCCGCCAAAGAGUUACUCAGCUGCAUGGGGGCCAACGUGAUCUACUGUGGUCAAGUUGGAACCGGACAGGCUGCCAAAAUCUGCAACAACAUGCUCCUCGCUAUUGGAAUGAUUGGGACAUCCGAAACAAUGAAUUUGGGCAUCAGACUCGGUCUUGAUCCCAAACUGUUGGCCCAGAUCCUAAACAUGAGUUCGGGGCGUUGCUGGUCCAGUGACACCUACAAUCCCGUGCCUGGAGUGAUGGAGGGAGUACCCUCAGCAAAUAACUACCAGGGAGGCUUUGGCACCCAGCUCAUGGCUAAGGAUCUCGGGCUGGCCCAGAACACGGCCACCAACACCAAGACCCCUGUCCCGCUCGGCUCUUUAGCCCAUCAGAUAUACCGGAUGAUGUGCGCCCGCGGUUACGCCGCCAAAGAUUUCUCCUCUGUAUUCCAGUUCUUGCGUGAGGAGGAGGAGGGGGGACAGUAACGUGUGCCUCCUCCAUCAGACAAAGCCUUACUAAUACAGCAAGGGCCUGCUGCCAUAGCGGAGCGAAGGGGUGCAGUUGUCGCCCCGCAAAUGUGUCAAAAGACAAGAGUUACAUGAGGUCCCUUCCCAAUCAAUCAACAGGUCAGGUCUUCUGGGCACUUUUUUUCCCCUUUUCAUAUUUGCUGAAAAAUGCAACACUCCUUCCACUUUCAGAGGCUACAUAAUCCAACAUGCAGAGCAUUGAAGACCGCCCCAACAAUGACACUUAAACACGAAAUGAGCCAGGUGGGAAUUUUACUAGUUACAAAAAUGGGACUGUAUUUACUGUUAUCGCUUUUUUUCGUCAUCAUUUUUUAUGUUAGGAUUUUCUCUGUUUUAUUGGGAAUGAUUUCUGAAGAUUGGAAAUGUGACUUUGGCCUAAAGGUGUCAUCUUGCAAAGAAAUAAAGACUUCAUUAAACCUA